AUGUCCGAACGAGUCCGACGAGGUAAAUAUGCGCGGUUGAUAUGUCGAGGCUGUCGAUCCCGGAAGAUCAAAUGUGUGCUGCCUAGUGUACACGACCUGGGGCCCUUGAAUCUCCCCCAGCCAAUAGAGAAGUGCUGCGACCGGUGUCGAAACCUCAAUUUGGAAUGUGUAGUGGAUUAUACAUUGCUCGGACGACCUCAAUCCAAACGCAGUCGGCUCCAAAGCUCGGAAGAUCGAAGUCCAAAAGCCCACUCGGAUUCUGUGCCCGAGGAAGGUAUUCCAGUCAUUUCGAGUUUAAACAUCAAAGACUUUCUCUUCGCUGAUGAGGGGGAUGGCAUUCUAUCUCAAGACCACCAGCCUGAUAUCGCUCGCUCGACGCGAAAAGAAGAGAUAUUUCAAUCCAUGAUUCAGGCGAAUUAUUUCUUCAUCUCGGUCCUGGCCAAAGACCGCGCGUUCGGCGCUGACAUUCCCCAUGCUACCUCAAACUGGAACACACCUCUGCCGGAUUUGAUCAGUCAUGACAUGGCUGCAUCCUUCGAUGAAUGGUAA